AAAAUAAAAAUCUAAUGGAAUGGAGAACAAAGUUAACAGAUAUAAUAUGCACGAUGAGCCUUUAACAUUUAAGAAUUGGUAUAAAAAGAUUAAUUGGAUCAAUAGUAUAUUAUUAAUUGGACCACCAAUAUUGGGUAUAUAUGGAAUGUUUACAACGUCAUUAAAAAUGAAUACAUUUAUAUGGUCAUUGAUAUACUAUUUUAUGACGGGAUUUGGAAUUACGGCAGGGUAUCAUAGGAUGUGGUCACAUCGAUCAUAUAGUGGUACGCUUUUUCUGCGUAUUUUAAUGGCAUUGUUAGGAGGAGGAGCAGUUGAAGGAUCUAUUUUAUGGUGGGGACGUAAUCAUCGUGCACAUCAUAGGUAUACAGAUACAGAUAAGGAUCCAUAUUCAGUUAGUAAAGGGAUUUUUUAUUCGCAUUUUGGAUGGAUGAUUAUACGGCAAGAUCCUAAAAAAAUAGGGUAUUCGGAUAUAUCAGAUUUAAAAGAGGAUCUGGUAGUGAUGUGGCAACAUAAGAAUUAUCUUAAAAUUAUGAUAUUUAUGGGAUUUUUGUUUCCGAUGUUUGUUGCGGGUUUUGGAUGGAAAGAUUGGCGUGGUGGGUUUUUUUUUUCGGGGAUAUGUCGACUUGUUUUUGUUCAGCAUGCUACGUUUUGUGUUAAUUCAUUGGCUCAUUGGAUUGGUGAUCAACCUUUUGAUGAUAAACAUUCACCUAGAGAUCAUGUACUUACGGCGUUGGCAACAUUAGGAGAGGGUUAUCAUAAUUUUCAUCAUCAAUUUCCUAUGGACUAUAGAAAUGCUAUAUUAUGGUAUCAAUAUGAUCCAACUAAAUGGUUAAUUAUUUUAUUUAAAAAAAUGGGAUUGGCAUAUAAUCUUAAAGAAUUUCCAUCGAAUGAAGUCCAAAAAGGUAUAUUACAACAAAAACAAAAGAAACUUGAUCGAUGGAGGAGUAAACUUGAUUGGGGUACUCCUCUCGAUCAACUUCCUGUCAUAGAAUUCGAAGAAUUUCAAAAACAAGCAAAAACACAACCACUAAUAUUAAUUGCUGGUAUUGUUCAUAACGUUGAAAAAUUCAUUGAUUCUCAUCCUGGCGGACGUGCAUUGAUUACAUCUGCAAUAGGAAAAGAUGCGACUGCUAUAUUUAACGGAGGUGUUUAUAAUCAUAGCAAUGGCGCACAUAAUCUUUUAUCAACUAUGCGUGUAGCCAUUGUACGUGGUGGAAUGGAAGUCGAAAUAUGGAAACAAAAAUAUAAAAAUCUAGAUAAUAUGAUUGCAAAUACUACACAAGUAACUCGGAUUCCUAAUUUAACGCAACGCAUCUCUUUCGCUCUCGAUUAAAAGUGUUUUUAUUUCUGUUAACAUUGUUCCUAUUCUAUUACAUAAA